UUUGCAUCUUCAGAUGGUUUGGUUACUGCUAUGGCUUAUCGCCUAGCAUUGUGUUUCUUUUAUAAGGUAAUGGGGGAUCGAUCAGGCAACAUUAGAUGGUGGGAUGUUACAACAGGCCUUUCUUCUUCUUUUAGCACUCACAGGGAAGGCAUCAGGAGGAUAAAGUUUUCUCCUGUUGUUCAUGGUGAUCGAAGCAGAGGGCGCAUCGCUGUGCUUUUCUAUGAUAAUACAUUUUCAAUAUUUGACCUGGAAUAUGCAACUGUCUCAUAUGGUACUGACUUCAGGAACUAUGUUUUAGGAUAGUCCAGACCCCUUGGCAAAUGCCCUUCUUCAACCGCAAUCUCCUGGUACCCUUGUCUUGGAGCUUGAUUGGUUGUCAACCCAAACAAGGAAGGAUGAGCCACUUAGGUUAUGCAUUACCGGAGCUGAUAGUAGCUUCCGACUGAUUGAGGUUAACAUGUAUGUCAUUUUAAUCAUGCAUGUAAUAGUUCUAAUUCCAGUGUAGAGUUAGUCUUUUUAUUGUUU